AUGGGCAAUCCGUUCAGACAGCAAGUCCUCUCGCUGGACACGAAGGCGGCGCGUGAAGCAGCGACGGCAGCCAACACAACGCUCGACAACAAUCAGCCAUCAACAAACAGCCAGACCAAGCCAAAAGCAAAGAAGAAAGUUCGCAUCUUAUCGCCGGUCGUAAGCCCAGACUCACCGGCCGCAUACCCUGAGCAUGACCCUUUCAACUCCUACCUCAACCCCGUGGGGCAGCCUACACCACCCAAGGCCGAGGGACAGGACGUCGAUAUAGCACGCGAACUGCGCAAGUCGUUCAUCGAUUCGUUAGCAAGAGGCGCAACCAAUACAAACAUAGAAGCCUCUGCGCUUCUCGUGCCGAGCCAUCCACCUGUAGCUCCAGCCUCAGCUCCAAGUCCGGCAUCAGCUCCAGCACUCGUAGCAAAAGACAUGCAAGCAUCAUCUCAGUCAGGACAGCAGAUGCCGUACAAUCCUUUUGCCAAAACAUUGGCCACGAUCGAUCCCCAGAGUGCCUCGUCGGCGCCCGUCGGACUCUCUCGAGAUGCUUCCGCGACAUCCGCUAAGCCGGCCAUGGAUGUUGAUGCCUUCACACGCAUGCUGUUGACAGGCAACACACCGUCUGCUUCUCCUGGACCCAUGGCUCCAUCGACCGGUCUCUCUGCCUCGACGAGUAAUUCACUUGGAGACUUGCAUCCCGAAUCUCCACCUGCUUCUGACGAUGAACAUCACCAUGAUGCACCGGAGCAAGACUAUGAGCACCUGACAGGACUGGUCCAAUCGCCAGCUAUAUCAUCGAAAAGGCCGAAGCCCCCACCGCCUGCCCAUCAUCACGGCAAGAGCCUGUCCACUCCCCACAAGGGCCCGCAAACCGUCUCGUUCGCCGACUUCGACGUACCUGCCACCCCUCCUGCUCUCCCGUCGCCCUCUGUAUCAUCACCAAUGCCGCCACUCAUCAGGUCUCCCUCCGAUCUGAACAAACCCUUGCCUCCGCCCCCUCCGCCACGCCACUCGCCUAGCCCCGAUGCGGCACCCUCGAUACCUGAUCUUCAAGCCGACGGUCCCGCACAAUCACCACAGCUCGCAUCCGAGGACUUUGAUCUAAAUCUCAAGAAGCCUCCCCCACCACCGCUGUCACGUAGGAGCAGUCAAUUGAGGAGCUUGGGCGGCAGACCUCGGAGCAGCUCCAACCUAUCUCGCUCGUCGGUCCCUGACGAUUACAGCGAAGGCACUGCAACGCCACCAAUCAAGCCUCCUCCACCUCCGGCAAGACGAGGUCCCCAUUCUGUAGAAACAGACCUGCCGAUUCCAUCAUCACGACCGCCACCUCCACCUCCAUCUCGCCAUGCAAAACAACAACCUCCAAGUGUCAGCCGUACGCCAUCCGCAACCUCAGUAUCUUCCUUGAAUAACCGUACGCCUCAAGCCAAUAUGCCACCACCACCACCACCGCCGCCGCCACGACGAGGUGAAAACAAGCGACGAAGUCUAGACGGUACAAUGUUGAAUGCCUCGGCUCCGAAUUCAAGAAGGAUGAGUGACACCAGCCGCCGGUCUAGUGGCGCGAGCUUAUAUUCUACCAAUGGUCGGACAGCGUCUGUGUCUUCCAUCCCAACUGUAGACGAAGGCGAUUCUGGUGAGGACAGAAGCUUCAAUUCUACACCACAGCCCGAGAUGCAGAAUCAAAAAGCAGGAGAAGCGGCGGGAGGUGACAUUUUGGCCGACAUGUCAGCCAUGCAAGCUGAGAUUGAUGCUCUGAUGGCGAGGUCAAAAGGAGCUUAG